UGAGUGCUGGGAUUGAAGGCAUGUGCCACCACACCCAGCACUGGACUUGAUGUUGCUAAGGAUCUAAUCCUGGGCUCUAAGCAUGCUAGCCAAGUCCCUUGCUCUACCACUCAGCCUCACCCUGGUCCAGGGACCUGCUUUUUUUUUUUUACCCCCAACUUGCCCAGUUGAGGAAAGGCCUAAGGGACAGACUCCUGAGCCAGAAACCAGGGGCCCAACUUCAGUGAAGGGAUGUGUCUGUGAGAAUGUAAAGUCCAGCUGUGUCUUGUCUCCCCAUCAGAAAGGAGGGGCCUCACCCCCAGCAGGGUUUAGGUUAAACCUUCAGGAAAACUGACACUGUAAGGGUCAUGGAGGUCUCCAGAAGAAAACAGAUCCUUACCAUCUGGUAGCUGAAGAUGGAGUCCUUUGCCUUGCUUGGACUCAACAUGUGACAGGCACCACCUUGGACCUGCCUUGGGUGAAACCUGGCCUAGUAGUCAGUUGGGUUGGAGUGGAUACCUGAACCCACUGGCAUGGGAGACUGAGGGGGUCAGGGACAAAAGCUGAGCUCUGCCAGCCCUGACCCUCCCCCCUGAGCUGAGGGGGUGGGUCUUCAAGGAGACUUUGAUCCCCGCUGGGCUGUGGCCUAGCCUGUGGAGUGGCUCAGGUUACAGCAUCCCCUUCUCUCCCCGCCUCAGGCCAGAGCUGGCCCUUCUCCGCCUCUUGGUGACCCUCUUGGCCAGUGGCUCUGAGCUUCUGUGCCUCUGGCCCCUCCCCUCCUCUUCCCACUCUCUACUCUGUGCUCACUGGAGCCUGGGAGCCAUCCAUUAGUGGCUGAGAGAGGCAGGCACCGCAUGGACGACUCUAAGAACUCUGAGAGAUCCCAGAACCCACUCACUGUGGAGCUGGGAAAGAGAAUCUGCCCAAGGAUCUGCCGCUGCUGUGAGCUCCAGCAGGGGUCAAAGGAGCUGGGGGAGUCAUCAGGGCCAGCCAUCUCAAGGGAGGCCCAGCUGAUUACAGGCCCAGAGAGUGGAUGCAUGCAGGAAACUGGGUGCUAAGGGGACCCAAGGAGGGGCUGGUGGCCACACACUCCUGGCCCCUGGCCCUGUGAUCCUCAUGCCCACCCUGCAGUUACUCCUGCUGUUCCUGCCUCUUUUCCUCAUUGUCCAGCUGACUUCAGGGGUCAGUCUGCUGCCAGAGCCUGGAAGCCACCCUGGAGUGUGCCCCAACCAACUGAGCCCCAGCCUGUGGGUGGACGCCCAGAGCACCUGUGAGCGGGACUGUACUGGGGACCAGGACUGCACAGCUGCUGAGAAGUGCUGUACCAAUGUGUGUGGGCUGCACAGCUGCGUGGCAGCCCGCUUCCCUGAUGGUGGCCCAACUGCACCUGUGACAGCAGCCUCCUGUGAGGGCUUUGAGUGCCCACAGCAGGGUUCCGACUGUGACAUCUGGGAUGGGCAGCCCGUGUGCCGCUGCCGUGACCGCUGUGAGAAGGAGCCCAGCUUCACCUGUGCCUCCGAUGGCCUUACCUACUAUAACCGCUGCUACAUGGAUGCAGAGGCCUGUCUACAUGGCCUCCACCUGCACAUUGUGCCUUGCAAGCACAUCCUCAGCUGGCCACCCAGCAGCCCAGGGCCACCAGAGACCACUGCCCGCCCAACACCUGAGGCUGCCCUAAUGCCACCUGCCCUUUACAACAGCCCUUCCCCACAGGCAGUACAUGUUGGGGGCACAGCCAGCCUCCACUGUGACGUCACUGGCCGCCCACCACCCGCUGUGACCUGGGAGAAGCAGAGCCACCAGCGGGAAAACCUGAUUAUGCGCCCUGACCAAAUGUAUGGCAAUGUGGUAGUCACCAGCAUUGGACAGCUGGUGCUCUACAAUGCCCGGCCUGAGGAUGCUGGCUUAUAUACCUGCACUGCACGCAAUGCCGCUGGCCUGCUGCGGGCUGACUUUCCACUCUCUGUGGUUCAGAGGGAACCAGCCAGGGAAGGGACCUCUGGCACUCUAGCUCUGGCGAAGUGCCUGCCAGAUUUGCAGGCCUGUGCUGGUUCCACCUCCGCAAACCAAGUCCUCUGGUACUUUGAUUCACAGCGAGGUGGCUGCAUGACCUUUCCAGCCUUUGAAUGUGCUGGGGCCACUCAAGGUUUCACAACAUAUGAGGCAUGCCAACAGGCCUGUGUCCAAGGCCCUAGGGAUGCCUGCAUGUUGCCAGCUGUGCAGGGUCCUUGCCAGGGCUGGGAACUGCGCUGGGCCUACAAUCCAGUGUUGCAGCAGUGCCAGCCUUUUGCCUAUGGUGGUUGUGAGGGUAAUGGCAACAACUUUGAGAGCCGUGAGAGCUGCGAGGAGGUCUGUCCUGUGCCUCGCUCACCACCCUGUCGGGCAUGCCGCCUCAGGAGCAAGCUGGUGCUAAGCCUGUGCCGCAGUGACUUUGCCAUUGUGGGGCGCCUCACAGAGGUGCUCGAGGAGCCUGAGGUGGGUGGUGGCAUUGCCCGAGUAGCCCUUGAUGAUGUGCUAAAGGAUGACAAGAUGGGCCUCAAACUCCUAGGCACCAAGUACCUGGAGGUGACGCUCAGUGGCAUGGAUUGGGCCUGCCCCUGCCCCAAUGUGACAGCUAGUGAUGAGCUGCUGAUCAUAAUGGGGGAAGUUCAUGAUGGUGUGGCCAUGCUAGAUGCUGGCAGCUAUGUCCGUGCUGCCAGUGAGAAGCGUGUCAAGAAGAUCUUGGAGCUACUUGAGAAGAAGGCCUGUGAGCUGCUCAUCCGCUUUCAGGAUUAACUGUGUUGUCCUCUCCCACUUGGGACUAGCUCCCUUCUCCAUCUCCUCUUGCCAAGACUAGCCCUGGUGUCCCUUCCUGCCUCCUUUCCUACUGAAUAAAGGCUCCCCUCAUCCUUGGA